AUGACGGCAGUCCUGGACACAGCCCUGAGGGGUGACAGGCAGGUGACAUCUGGUAGCGGCGGGGAGCCGAGGAUGUCUUCUUCCGCCGACAUCACAGUGUGGAGGGCGCUCUCCCUGCUCAUGGCAAGCCUGCUGCUCGUGGCUGGCGUGAGUCAGAUCGGCUCGGACCAUCCCUGUAUGUGGGUGCCAGUUUACACAGUGCCCGCCGUUCUGUGCUUCGCCGUUGCCAUCAAACUGGAGUUCGCAGGGUGCCUGCCGUGGCGCGUAUGCUACCUGGUGCACACGGGGUGCUCGCUGGCCCUUUUGGUGCUGGUGCUGGUGCAGACUCUGCGCGCCGCCUACCGGAGCCGUACGGAACUACGGCACCAACCGCUGGUGGCGCUGCAGGCGCACCAGCUAUCCGAUAGUGCCAGGGACAUGGCGGCGCUAAUCAUCACUUUGAUCUGGAUGAAGAUGACCAAACACGUCUCCGACAGCCACGCAAGGCUGGUGCUGAGUCGUCAUCAGACAAGUCGCCUUCUGCCGGGACUGCUAAUUCUAGCACUGACGGUGCCUGGGCUACUGUGGCUCUCCUGCUAACAGGACCUGUUGUGGAUCUCCUGCUAAUAGGACCUGUUGUGGAUCUCCUGCUAAUAGGACCUGUUGUGGAUCUCCUGCUAACAAACUCAUCUCGUAAAGUCUUAGAUCUGCUGCUAGCGGGGCCAGUCAAAGAGCUCCUGCAAGCAAGAUCUGUUGUGAGUCUCCCGCUACCAGGCCCUGUUCUGGGGAUCCUGUUGAGGAUCUCCUGCUUACAAGGUCUGUGACUCUGUCCUUGAAGGCCUCUGCUAAAUCUCCUGUUGCAGCUCUCCAGCGACGAAUGGGCACUGUUGUACUCUUCUGUUUGGUCUCCUGUUGAUAGCAUAUGUCGUGACUGCUGUUGUGGAUCUCCUGGCAAGUUGGAUCUGCCCGGAUCUGCUCGGAUCUGCUGGGACUUUUCUGCCGCCGUUGUCCAUUACUGCUCAGAGGACCUGUGUGUGCCUUUUCAUGUGACAUGUGUGCAGUGUGUGCGCGUGUCAUGUGUGUGUGUGUGUGUGUGUGUUCGUUAUCGAUCAAUGAACUGUGGACAUUAUUGCGGAACCUUAUCCAAUUUUCUGGGUGCCAAAAUGUAUAUUGUUUGCCUUUACUAGUAUUGUGUUGCGUGCAAGAUGUGUUAGUUCGGAAGUUGAAGCGUUGAGGCAUUUCUUGCUUCGCUGAUAAUCCUUAUGUUAUACCGGAGUUCGAACUCGUACCAUGCUUGUUUAUUAAACGUCGCUUACCUACGUCUAUGCACACUGCAUACAGUCUAUCUGUAAAUAGAUAGGUAGGUAUAAAUUAUGAUACCGUUUCUAAAAUAAUAAUACAGUAGGUACCUAUGUCGUGUUUUGUGUGCCUGUGUGCUACACGUUUUAGCAUAAGCAGCAUCCGAUAUUGCCAAUGUCAUGUGAAUGUAUUUGAUCUUGCUCCAA